AAAAUGAAAAUAGAAUCAGUGACGGGAACCACAUGUUUACAUCCGGGGCAUCAAAAUGGCGGCGAGAGAUCCGAAAGGUCGUUUUGCUGGCCAGAAAAAGGUGAAUAAAGCUAUUAAGAAGCCGUUAUCGGUAACUUUAGACCAUGUAUACUGUGGACAGAAACCGACAGUUACUCAGGAACGCCAUCGUAGUGACAAACACUUAAAUCUGCCGGAGAACGCUAGUCGAGAUGGUUGGAGGGAUAGAAGGAUUAUUAUCGAGUUGGGUGUGUUACUGGACAAUUUAGAAUAUUGUGAAAAGUGUAAGCUAGGCCCUGUAUCUAUGAAUAAAUACUCUGUUGUUGGGGAGUUAAAAAAAGGUCUGUCAGGUUUCCUAUAUGUGAGGUGCAGCAACUUGGACUGUGAACAUGUAAAUCGAGUCCCGUAUGGAAAGACACACAGAGUAAAAGAGAAAGGCAUGCCUUGCUUCACAGCAAAUACAAAGCUUGGUGUUGCCAUGAUAGAUAGCAUUGGUGGUUCCGGGAAGGUUAACAACAUGCUCUCCACUCUAAACAUAGCCCCGAUUAAUAAGAGGAAUCUGCAAGAUAUGGAACGACGUGCAGGAAGAUUUGUAGAGUCUGUUGCCCAACAAUCUAUUGACACAGCAGCCCAAGAAACCUUUCAGAAAGAAAUGAGUGAAAUUUCCCAAGAGGAGUCCAAAGUUGCUGCAGCCAGCAUGGAGUGUUUAAUAGAAGAUCUGGGUAUUGCAGCAUUACCAGAUACAUCACCAGCAACUAAGUCCAUCUUACAAAGCUCAUUAGUAACAGCAAGUAUGCCAAGUAAUGUGACAGAUAGUGUUGACACCCCAUCUCCCUCACCACGGAGACACAGAAGAAAGUGUAGACCGUUUGGCCAUGGUAGGAGUACGACCAUCCGAAAAAAUCUUCUGUCCAAGUACAAGGCCAAGAGUCGAUAUGGUAUGUCUUGCUCUGCUGAUACUGCUUGGCAGAAACGUGGAUUUGACAGUCUAACGUCUCAUACAUUCUUUAUGAGUUCUUCAAAGAUGGGGAAGAAGAUUGUAAAGAGCGUCAUCAGCCACCGGCAGUGCACAACCUGCAACUGGUGGAGACGUCACCGACCCGGCCAGCCACUACGGCAACAUCGCUGUGUACGGAACCACUCGGGUAGUGCCCGUUCUAUGGAGAGUGAAAGUGGAGAGAAAGCUAUACUGGAUCUAGCUAAAGCAGGUACCCCGGUGGAAAUCCUUGAAGGUGAUGGUGACAACACUUUAUUGGCCAGACUGAAAAGCAAGCAUGGAAUCAGUCUGAAAAAGAAAUAUGACAAAAACCAUGUGAUCAAAAACUUAGGCAAAAGCUUGUAUGGUUUACAAAAUGAGAAUGGAAUCAAAAUAAGCAAGAUAUCAAUAAGUCAUAUCCAAAAGUGUGUCUCAUAUGCCCUUUCAAAGAAUAAGAGCAAUAUUCCUCAUAACUUCGGUGAUCAUCAGUUAUGUCAGCCAAGGUUUUGUGGUUAUCUAAGGAAUAAAGAUGUAUCCUAUGUUCACCGUUCACUACCCUACAAAUCUAGUUUGACUGGUGAGACAUUGAGAAAACGGCUAGAGGACAUUAUGACACCUUUCAUUGCCAAAGCGAGCCAGCUCAUUGAAUUGGGAUCCAGUCAGCAGUGUGAGCACGCCAACCGUGAGGUAUCGCUCAAAGCUCCAAAGAACAUCUACUAUGGCGGGACUGAGGCUUUAGACUUCAGAGUACAGGCCACAGCAGCUUUUAUCAAUGAAGGCAGGAACUAA